UCAGCACGGAGAAAGCGGAAGCGACUUAAAUGUGUGUCACACGGAGCGGAAGUAGUUAGUUGAAGUCACAUUGAAGACGGAACCUCGGGUCAUAGUAAUACUAGGACCAGGGACCAGUGAACUCAUUCCUGAUGACCUUGUUUGGAUAACCACUGACAAUGUUUGCCUCAAAGAUCAUCCCUCGUCUCAGCCUAUUACACAAAGCAACUUGUGCACUUCAAGCUUAUGGAGAAACUUUGAAUGGAUGUCUACAACCAGCUGCUUCUGCUUACUGCUCUUCACGUCAUCAAAAACUGAGAAACUACUCAACAGCGGCAGACAACAGGUCUCCUCCGCGAUGGGUCCAGCUUGAGCCGGAGCUGGACGAGGCUCUCAUACCACGUAAACUGUCAGUAAGUCCCCUGGAGAGCUGGCUCUCACUACGCUACUCCCUCCCUCCGCUGCUGGAGUCCACUCAGCCACAGGAGGAUGUAGAGCUGCUGGAGGAGAAGGUGCUGCCGCCUAUCUCCGUCCCCGUUUUGGAAGACGGGGAGGGUACAGUAACACCACUCAGAUGUAAGAAUGUUCUAGAGAUACGGCGGCGGAAGAUGAACCGGCAUAAAUACAAGAAGCUGCAAAAACGGACUAAGUUCUUGAGAAAGAGGGUGCUGGAGGGCCGAGGAAAGAAGAAGCAGAAACGCUUUGAGGAGGAUCUGAAGAAGAUUUGGAUGCGAGCUGGACUGAAGAAGGCUCCAGAGGGAUGGAGCACACCUAAGAUCUUCAUUAAACAGCAUGGAAACAGAAGGAACUGAAAAAUUCUGAUUAAAGUUUGCGUCCCAACGUUUACCCUGGAUGACUCUCCACACAUCACACUGUUCUAACAAUCAACCUGCCGUGUGUGCUUUUCACUUUAAUUAAAGCAUAUUUGAGUGAUGAGCUAAAUAAUGGUGUAGAUAGUCUAAUAAAGAACUCCCUCUGUGAA